CCAAACGUUCUGUUAGAUUUUUUCCCUAUCUUUACACAAUUUACCAAAAACUAUAAUAUUUAAUAAUCGUUUCAAUAAAAAACAAACCCUUUUGCAUAUAAAUUCCCUUUUACGGCUAUUAAAGCAAAAAUAAAAUACAAAUUAUCGUUUAUUAGAAUAUUUUCCCAUUUUGGAGGAUUCCGCAUUUUGUAUUGGGAAUCACUGUGACGUGGUUUUACUGUACGAGGUUCAAGGGGAUCAGUAAUCGGUAAAAAGGAGAUCUAUAAGAGGCUAAAUCGAACCUAAUAUUUUUAAAUACGUCUCAGUCGAAUUGUCUUUAAGCUUUAUUAUUUUAAUCCGCUGCUAUAACCGCGGGAUCACUUGAUAAUUCAAUUAAUUUAAUUAAGCGGGGCACUAUUUUCCAUUGCACGCCUCGUUUUCGGUAUUGUCGCUUUUUGAAAUACAGCUACAAACGGAUAUUUUUCUCCUAUAUAAUUGAAUUACUAUUAUUACUUAAUUAAAUUACCCACGGAGCGACGUUUUUCUUUCACUCUGUUCACUGAGAAAUCAAUGCACGUCGACUGAAUUUGGAAUAUGAGAUGGCCAGGCUUGUAGCGAAUUUAAUUAUAUAUUUAUGUCUGCUGUGUAGUAUUAUCAAAGCUAAUGAGAGUGGUGAUAGCAAUGUUCAGGAUACAGCGGCUAAGGUGGUUUAUAAGACACCCGAAAUUUCUGGAUUCGCAUAUUUAGUAGAGACCUUCGACAACGAGGAGAAGUUUAAGAAAUCUUGGGUCUUGUCAGAAGCCAAGAAAGACUCUGUUGAUGAAGAUAUAGCGAAAUAUGAUGGAAUUUGGUCCAUAGAAGAACCUAAAGAGCAUGCGCAAGAGGGAGAUCUGGGGCUAGUUCUUAAGAGUAAAGCUAGACAUGCUGCUAUAUCCACUACAUUAUCCAAACCAUUUUACUUCGGUGAUAAUCCAUUAAUUGUACAAUACGAAGUAAAUUUUCAAGAAGGCCAAGAAUGUAGUGGGGCUUAUUUGAAAUUGCUUACCCUGGAUGCAGAGCAUCAAGAUUUAAAGAAAUUCCAUGAUAAAACUCCCUAUACUAUAAUGUUUGGUCCUGAUAAAUGUGGAAACAAUCACAAGCUGCAUUUUAUCUUUCGACAUAAAAACCCUCUCAAUGGUUCGAUAGAAGAAAAACACUGUAAGAAACCUAGAGAGCGCUUGGAAGAUUUUUUCAAAGACAAGCAGUCUCACCUAUAUACUUUGAUCAUUCGUCCAGAUAAUAGUUUUGAAAUCAAAGUCGAUAAUAAGGUAGUAAAUUCUGGAUCUUUGCUGGAUGAUUUCACUCCACCAGUCAAUCCACCUUUGGAAAUAGAAGAUCCUACUGAUGUUCAGCCAGAAGAUUGGGAUGACAAGGAAAAGAUCCCUGACCUAUCAGCUGUUAAACCAGACGAUUGGGACGAAGAUGCUCCAGCACAAAUCGUCGAUGAAGACGACAUCAUGCCUGAAGGAUGGCUCGAAGACGAAUCACCUAUGAUUCCCAAUCCUGACUCUGUAAAACCUGAAGAUUGGGAUAUUGAAAUGGAUGGAGAAUGGGAACCUCCAGAAAUUCCAAAUCCAAAGUGUGCAGAUGCACCAGGAUGUGGACCAUACAAGCAAAAGAUGAAAAAGAAUCCUCGAUACAAGGGCAAAUGGUCACCACCCUUGAUUAACAAUCCUAAUUAUAAAGGCAAAUGGAAGCCAAAACUAAUUCAUAAUCCUAAUUACUUCAAUGACCAACAUCCAUUCCGGAUGAUGCCUAUUUUUGCUGUGGGCUUUGAACUUUGGUCGAUGUCUACGGACAUUCUCUUCGAUAAUAUUCUUGUUGCUGAUGAUGAAGAAGUAGCAAGAAAAUGGGCGGAAGAUACAUUCGAAGUACGUCGGGCUAGAAUCGAGAAGGAGAGUGUAACUUUAUGGGGUCGCAUAUUAAAAGUAACAAAUUAUAAACCAGGCUGGUGGGUGUUGUAUUUUAUAUACUGUGCAGUACCAGUUGUAUUAUAUAUUUGGUAUCUUCUGAAACGAGUUCGUGAGUAUAGUGUAUGGCAUCAGGUUGGCGUAUUUGCUGCGGAACAUCGCUGGAUAUGCGGUACAUGUAUAAUAAUUCCUGGCUUCGCCAUAUUGCUAAUAAUAUAUUACUGCUGCUUAGCUUCUCAGGAUAAAUAUGAUGUAAAAGAUGAAGAUAAACAACCUUUAGAAGCAAAUGAACAAACAGUACAGAAGCAAGAAGAAACAGAAAAUCAGCUACCUAAUACUGAAGCAGAGGAAGAAACUGAAAAGUUAAACGAAAAUGAAGAAAUAAUAGAAAGUGAAGAUAAUGAUAACCCAGCAAUAGGUGGUGAUGGACCACGACGAAGAAAACCAAACAAAGACUAGAAUGAAUUAAGAUUAUAUGAAAGGAAUUCGUACUACUAAGGUAUUUAUGCAACACUCACAUUCCACUUGACACUUGCAUUGUAAACGUUAGAAUUUUUCUCAGUAUCUAAUUAUAUAUUAUAAAAUGUCACUAGAAGCCAGAUUUUUAUCUAAAAAUUAGAUAUUUUGUUCUCAUGUGUAAUUUUUCAUUAAGUCAUACUUUUUAAGCAAAAUAAUUUUCACAUUGAAGCAUGUUUCUCACGCGUAUGAGUGAUACAAGUACUUCAAAAAAAAAAAGAAAACAGUUUUGUAAGAAUGAUGUUUGAUGUAAUUAUUUAUGUCUUAAUACUAUGUAGCAAUUUAACUUUUGUUAUUGUAUAUUAAGAAAAAAAAGACGAAUAAUAGAAUAGAUUUAUUCACAGUUUCUGUAUAACAGAGCGGAUGACGUGUCUUUUUUAGAAAGUUCGUUGCUUGUGUCCAAUAAUGUUUUACACACAAUCCAUAUAGAAUUUGUUAUUUAAUAUUACCAGUUAAUAUUUUUCAUAGGCAUGUAUUAUAUUAUUCAAUGUAACGAUUUUUCUUAAAUAAUGUUUCAUUCCUUUGCUAUUAUGUUAAUAAAGUAUGCAAUGUGACUGAAAUAAUUUUAUGUAUUAUAUUAUGUUGUAUUAUUUAUAAGUGAUAAGUCUGAAAUUGUUUAAAAAUAAUCAAACAAGUAGAUUCUGAAAAUCCUUUUCCUCCGUGUUCACAACAAAAACAAAGUAAAUUUCUAUUUAAAUUUACGAAAAAAUCAACACUUUUUAAAACAAUUCAACUAAAUUAUGCUAUUAUCUAUUUCAUUAAAAAAGUAAAAUUAAAAAGAAGAUUACAUUGAUAUAAUAUAUUAUAUAAUAUUUACAUUGAUAUAAGCAAAUGUAAAAUAGUUAAAUUUUAUUUUUGGGAGACUCCGUUUCUGACCUUAAAAACAAAACAUUGCGUUUUGUGAUCUGCAUAUCUUAUAAUAGAAGUAUAAAAAAAACAGUCUUAUUUAAAAAGGUAUGAUUGUAUACUAUUAGAAGAAUAGUUAUUAUAAUACAAUUUGCGGUGGAUCAUUAAAAUAAAAUUGUUUUUAUUCGUAA